UACGUCCGAAAUCCUCUGAUGGUCUCGCAAUACUACCCCUCGAUCCACCACCUUAUUAACUUUUUCACUUUCGAUAUUACCGCCAUCACCAUUUUGUCAACCUCAUCGAGAGAUUAUCGAGCCUAACCAACUUCGAAAUCCUUUCCCCGCGAAACUCGCGACGAAAUCUUUUGCGGACCUGUCAAAAUGCAACCCCCGGCACCUUCUCUCGAUGUUAUAGCCGCCCGCAACUCUGCCGCCGCCGCCGCCGCCGCCGCUGCACCUAGCGAAGCCCAAGGCCCAAACCCGCAGACAACGAGUACUCCCGACGACGCGAGGGAUUCGAGAUCUUCAUCGUCGACAAACUCGCCCGUACCUCCAGAUAACGAAGAGUCUGACUUCUUUCACGUAGCAAAUGAUUCCCAGUCGUCUUUAGGAGUAGUACCAAACUUGCAAGAUAUGCAAGUGACCGAUUCAGAAUGUCUCCCGACUGUCGCUGCCCUUCCCAGCGAAAUCCUCAUCAGCAUCUUUUCCCGUAUCAACAGCCCGGGCGAGCUCUUGAACUGCAUGUUAACCUGUAAACGAUGGGCUCGCAACGUAGUCGAGAUACUCUGGCACCGUCCUACUUGUACCUCGUGGACGAAACAUCGAUCCAUCUGCGCGACUCUGGGGCUGGAGAAGCCUUACUUCACUUAUACCGACUUCGUUAAACGUCUCAAUCUAGCUGCAUUGGCAGACAAGGUCAGUGAUGGCAGUGUUAUGCCGCUUGCCGUCUGCACCCGCGUCGAACGUCUCACCUUGACCAAUUGCAAAGACCUGACCGAUGUGGGACUGAUGCCCUUGGUGAGGAGUAACAAGAAUCUUCUGGCUUUAGAUAUCUCUGGCGAUAACAACAUCACCGAACGCUCCAUCGUGACUAUCGCCGAGAACUGUCGCAGGCUGCAGGGUCUGAAUGUGUCAAACUGCAAACAAAUCUCCAACGAAAGCAUGGUUCAACUCGCCGAGAGUUGCAAGUAUAUUAAACGUCUUAAAUUAAACGAUUGCCAGCAAUUGAAUGACAGUGCGAUUAUUGCCUUCGCCAAUAAUUGCCCAAAUAUCCUCGAGAUCGAUCUUCACCAAUGUGCGAAUAUCGGCAAUGAGCCUGUUACUGCCCUACUUGCCAAAGGACGAGCUCUGCGAGAGUUACGACUUGCGAAUUGUGAUCUGAUCGACGAUGGCGCAUUCCUGUCCUUGCCUUCUAAAAUAUAUGAGCACCUUCGAAUCCUCGAUCUGACAUCGUGUACCCGGCUUACGGAUCGCGCCGUCGAAAAGAUCAUCGAGGUCGCCCCGCGAUUACGAAACUUAGUCCUAGCUAAGUGUAGCAAUAUCACGGAUGCCGCCGUCUACGCCAUAUCCCGUCUCGGCAAGAAUCUGCACUACGUGCAUCUAGGCCAUUGCAGAAAUAUUACGGACGAAGCGGUCAAGCGCCUGGUGCAUUCCUGCAACCGCAUUCGUUAUAUUGACUUGGGCUGUUGCACCCAUCUGACGGACGAGUCUGUUGUUCAAUUAGCAAGACUCCCAAAGCUAAAGAGAAUCGGACUGGUGAAGUGCAGUAGCAUCACGGACGAGAGCAUGUAUGCGUUAGCCGGAGCAAACCGCCAUGCCCAGUCCCGACGUACUGCGGCAGGAAAUAACUCUUCCCGAAGGCACGAUUAUCCUGCCGGUAGUCUGGAACGAGUUCAUCUUAGCUACUGCACAAACCUGACACUUCCGAGCAUUAUCAGGCUUCUCAACUGCUGCCCAAAGCUUACACACUUGAGUUUGACGGGUGUACCUGCUUUCCUCCGGGAUGAUCUGGAUAUGUUUUGCCGUGAUGCGCCUCCAGAUUUUACCGAACAUCAGCGAGCAGUAUUCUGUGUCUUCUCCGGCCAAGGUGUAAUGGGUCUCCGAAACUACCUAAAUACCCAUCCUGAAUUCGCCGAGUACCACAUGCACCAACCGACCGUUUUAACAUCACGAAGACCCGUCCAAAUAAAUCAAGAUGUAGCUCAGGGCCAGCACUCGAGUCUUGUUCCCCUGCCAACUUCUGACAUGGACGGCUUUGAUGAUGUCGACGGAGUUGAAGACGACGAUAUGGGCGAUGGUAGCGAAAUUGCUUUGGAGCCUGGUAAUUUUGGCGGGAACGACAACUCUACCGAUGGAGCUAAUCUAUUUAUUCCACCGCCACCUCCGCCUCCAUCGCAAGUUAGCACCUCCCAUCAAUCAUCUCGCCCACAUCCGCCGCAUAUAGCUGCUAUUCCUAUAGGUGUUACUAUGGUGUCUGCGACUCAAGCUGGCACGGGCGCUGGCGCUCCUACCGGUAGUACACCAGGCCCUAGCACUGCGGGCCAGGGAAUUUUCAACGUGGGUUCUUCCGGACCUAGCACAGCUUCCAUGCUAGGGGACAUCGAGGAAGACGAUAGGGGCGACCAGUCUUAGAGAUUUUGCCGUCGUGUCGUUGUAUGCAAACAGUCCUAAAGCAUACAUCAGUUCAUCUUAAUGCAUAACUCGUGUCUAUAAGUCCUAAAAUAUCCUAUACUGGACUUAUCA